CCUACUUCUAAGAAAUUGACAACUGAUCUUUUCUGGUAACUGGAACAGCGAUCUAAAGCUGAAGGAAAAGUUUAUAAAACUAGUCUUAUUACACGCUGUGUGGCCGACAACGUUUUACUGAUUCACACAAGUAACAGGUCUAAAAUCGAACAUCGCAGUUCUGUUAUACGACGCCAGCGAAGAUGUACAACAACAGAUACGUCAACGAACUCAUGUCACCGAUGGGACGUCGCGAAGCCACCAUGACGUUUCUGAAGAAAUUCUCCAUUCAAACCGAGGACGACGAGGACGACAACUGCGACGUAAAAAACGUCAUCGUCUUGGAUAUCGGUGUCAUCAUCAUCGCCGACGUGAAAAACGCCAUCAAAGCUUUCAACAUGGAAGGCAAGUAUUUGGACUCUGUUACCCCUAACAACAUGAGAUGCUUCGGGUUGACCGUCACUGGUCACAACGGCUUUGCCGCGACGCUGAACAGCACGGUGAACGCUGGCAGAGAGGAGACAAAGUUAAAGAAGAUAGGAUUCUACGAACUGGUUGCUCCUAAGAGUGACCAACAGCAGAAGAUGGUGCUCAAGGAGAUACAGACCGUUGAUACCCACAGCAGAUAUAUGGCGAUAGCAGUUCUGCCUAACAAGAAGCUCAUUGGUGGAACGAAAGGAGCGGUAAACCUUAUGACGUCAGAAGGUGACGCGAUUGGGCCUAUGACGUCAGAAAUCGAGUUCAGGACGCCGUAUCACGUACGGGUGACCGAAAGCGGGAAAAUCGUGAUAGCAGACUCUGAGAAAAUCAGCAUCUCAGUUUUCGACAGAAAAGGACGCGUCGAAAAACAGCUUCACGUUGGUCGUUUUGGUCUGAGAGGAAUAGCGUCUACCAAUGACGUCAUAUUGUUUGUACACAGAAAGGACGACUUCGUCUCGAUGAUCUCCCCUGAUGAAGAAAUUUUAACACACAUCCGGGCGAACGAGGAGAAGUUAAAUGACCCACAAGCUGUUUUCCUUCUCCAAGAUGGACGUCUGGUGAUAGCGGAGUUGGGCGUGGUGAAGAUUUUUAGAAUCGAUGAUUAUGAAAAGAUCUCCAAAGAGCCAAGUCACGUGUCGGUGAUGUCAUGGAGGGGUACCCUGGGAGCGAUCGCUCUCGCUGGAUUUCUUCUGUAUGGGGGGAUUCACGUAUUGCGUAACGCUCGAGGGAGCGGGCGGGUGUAGGUUCAACAUUUAUGAGGCUGUACUGAGAGUGGAAGUGUACUGAGCAGCGAUACGCAUCCCAUUUAAAAAUAUAUAUAUUAAUGUUAUUUUACUUAUUAUAGUCCUUCCCACAGGGAGCGCGUUUUCUUAUUAUGGUAUAAUAUUUGCACUACAAGUUAUUUCUUUCUGAAACGAUUGUUUUCUAAAUCACUUAAAAAGAGUGGAUUUUUAUUUUAUUUUAUAAAUUAAUUAAUUAAUUUAUUUAUUUAUUAUUAUUUGAUUUUUUUUGUAUGUGAACAACUUUGGUUUUAUUUAUGAACAUCACACAAAAACACACAUACCUGGCCUGGGUAAGCAGGUGCUCCGAACGAUGUUCUUUGAUGUUGAAAAGACCUUCCUAACCGUGUAUUUGAUCAGUAAGGGCUUCCAUCCGAGAACGGUUGAGACGGUUGGGAGCUUUUCUCUUCACCCCCCCCCCCCCCACACACACACCCUCCCCCCAACUGUAGCAGGUUGGAAUUUUAUAAGUUAUAUUAAAAAUACCAUUCCAAGUAAAUUGUUCGGGGAUACCCAUUGUUUUGACAUUUUUAUUUUUUUAUUUUUUUUAGAUUUAGUUAUAUAUAUCUACAAAAUGUACAUGCAGGGUUGCAGAAAGUACUCGCCGAUCGUCAACUGCGAGUUAAAAAGCUUACAAACGAUAUUCCAUUUUAUGUUUUUUUUUUAUUUUGCAAAUAAGUAUGAAAGAACUGUCAAAAAUGUUGUCUUUAUAUUAGAAUAUUUCAAAAUAUGUUGAUUUGUGAAUCGAGGUUUGGGGCUUGAUUUCGUUUGCCACUAAAUGCUGAUCAAUUGUUAUAAUAUAUAUUUAUGUUUGGUGUGAAGACAAUGUAUAUUAUAAUAUUAUUAAACAUUAAUGUAGUGUUCUAUAGUCUGGCGGACUAGUAGAAAUUAAGGCGGGCUAGUAAAUGUUUGUUAAUUCUGGUCCGUCGGGCUAGUGACAUAUUUGUUUUUCAAUUCCGCACCCCUGUGCAUGCGAUAUUUAAAUGAUACUACAAUAAAGAAUAAUUUUGAGAA